AGGGCUGUCCGCAGUCCUAAAGGGCUCCUUUCACAGCUCGCUCUGUUUUUCAAAAUACUGAAACCUCUCCUUAAAACCAGGGAAGGCUCUGUCCUUGAGCUGUGCGCGUUUUCUGCGUACUGUGAGCCUCGGGAAACAGGGAUGUCGGUUAGACGUUUUGGGCAGAACUUGGAGAAGAACAGUGACUUGGCUCAGCACUCUUUGCAGGUGUGAGGGCUGCCUGAGGAAAAGCAGAAGCAGCUCGUGCUGAAGCCCCUCCCUUGACAACCAUCUCAGCUAAUAGCAACCCCUCAAGAUAUGGCCUCAAAAAGAGCAUUGGUGAUUCUGGCAAAAGGGGCAGAGGAAAUGGAAACUGUAAUCCCCACUGACGUUAUGAGAAGAGCUGGGAUCAAGGUGACUGUUGCAGGCCUAACAGGAAAAGAACCGGUGCAGUGCAGUCGAGAUGUCUUCAUUUGUCCUGAUGCCAGUCUUGAAGAUGCCAGAAAAGAGGGGCCUUAUGAUGUCGUGGUCCUGCCUGGGGGUAACCUUGGAGCUCAAAACUUGUCAGAGUCUCCUGCUGUGAAAGACAUUUUGAAGGACCAGGAAAGCAGAAAAGGCCUGAUUGCUGCUAUAUGUGCAGGUCCUACUGCGCUUCUGGCACAUGGGAUAGGGUUUGGAAGCAAAGUCACAACGCAUCCUUUGGCCAAAGAUAAAAUGAUGAAUGGAGCACACUACUGCUACUCCGAGAGCCGCGUGGAGAAAGAUGGGAACAUCCUCACCAGCCGCGGCCCUGGUACCAGCUUUGAAUUUGGGUUGGCCAUUGUUGAAACACUGAUGGGGAAGGAAGUGGCCGAACAGGUGAAGGCACCCCUAAUACUGAAAGAGUGAAAUCCUGGUGUGGGACAGGGAGUAGGACAAUUUUGGAUGGAGGGUCUUGUCCUUUGUAGAAUAACUGUAAGAUGCACUGUUGUAAAUACAAUUUAAUUGCGGGUGAAAUUAGCAACUGUACUUACCUAAACUGGGAUACCUUAACAACCAAUGGUCUUUAUUUCUGGAAAAAGAUCCUGUUAGCAAAAAGCUUCAUCACAAAAAGCAGCCGGCAUCUAAUAAUCGUAGUUAGCUCUUGGAUGGCAUUUAAGAAUCACAUGGGAAAAUGUUUGCUGAGUAAAUAAAAAUGAAGCAACCCUG